AUUCAACAAUUGCAACAACAAAUCGGAUCCCAUGCCUCUCGAAACAGUUCAAACAAUAGCUCUUUGCUUAAGUCGGGCCUAUCAGUGAAAGAACAAUAUUUAGCCCGAUCUCGAUAUGUGGCCGGACAGACAGUCAAGAAUGCUUCCUAUCGUAACUCAGUGCAUGAAUUGAACAUGGUUCAUGCGAUAUAUGGGAAUGGGUUCGCGACAAAUGUGAACCGAAGACAAUCAUUAAUAUCUGUUCAUUCGACUCAAAACGGAGGGCCUCUCAUAGCAGCCAAUGUGACGGGAAAGACAGACUGGGCGGCC